CGCUGCCCCCAUAGCCAUGUUCUGCUCCCUGGCUGGGGGGCAGCAGCCAGAGCUGGCUGAAAUGGGAGGGUCAUGUGCCUCCCCCGCCCCCACCUGCAGCCACAGGCACCCCAGCAGGCCUCUGUCCCCCACUGAACCCCGACCUGCCAUCCCCGAGCGCUGCGGGGGUCUCCCGCCGAGGGCGGCCCGGAGGGCACGGCUGAGCCCCGGAGCCCCCCGCAGCGGCCGGGCCCGCGAUGGGAGCGGCAGCGGGAAGGGACGGGACGGCAUUCGGGGCUCUCCCGGGGACGAUGUCGCUUCCAAAGUGUGGAAUAUCGUUCCUGCUGGCCUGGCCCCAAGAGAGCGCGCCAGACGAGGGAAUCUCUUGCCCUAACCACUGGUGAUAAAUAAUAAAACACUGCAUUCCUCUUCUCCCUGCAUUCCCAGCGCCCUCCAGCAGCCGUUUCUGGAGCAGUGGCCUAUUUCACAAUGUGCGCUUUCAUGGCGGGGAUGCUUCGAGUUGCUCACGGCAGCCCUUGGUGCUUUAACUGUGUGGUGACUCUUUCUGAGGAGCAAAAAGGUCUUGACUAUUGUGAGUUCAGCUUCCUCCACCCCUCGCAGAGGGUCAAAAUCGGGACCCGGCCCCGAUGCUGAGCGCUGGCUGUGGCUGCGGGGGCCACGGGCACCCCAGGUUUACGCUCCCUGCUGAGCCCCUCCUGGUUUUAAAGGGUUGUUUUUCGGUCACCAGCCUGUGCCGGAGGGAAGCAGGAGCUGGCGCUGGCUUGCGGGGGGGUUGGGUGCCACCCAGCGCCGUGCUGCCUCUGCGUUCCUCCUCCUCAUGCUUUGGGGCGUGAGAUGGCAGCGCUGGGGACGGGCGCUGGGCAUGGCGGGGGUGAGAUCCCAACCCCGUGCUGGGGCAGGGCGGUAAUGGGGUGACCAUGGUGAGGGUACCCCAUAGCACGGGGGGCGAAAGCAAAGCCCUGGGCUGGCGCAGCCUCGUGGGAUCUGCGAGAUCCCUACAAAAUAACGUGUUUUCUGUCUGCAGCGGGUGACGAGUAGCUGUGACUGUCACUGGGGCCACUUCCCUCUGCUGAAAGGCCACACGGGCACAUCAUUCUCCAUCCAGGACUUCCCGUUUACUGGGAGCAGCGGGGAAACCCCAGAACCUCUUGGGUUGUCACCUGCAGGGAGAGAAAUGACCGUGCACCGGGCGAGGAAAACAUGCAGCGGUGCCUCGGCCACGACGCUGUUGCACCCGUGUCGGGGCCGGGCACCGCUCCUGCUCCUCGCCCGGGGUGUGGGAAGCCUGGCCGCUGCCGGCACCGCUGCCCGGGGUGCCGUCGUCUGCGAGGCGAUGCCGCGGCCACCUGAAAGAGGGGAGAGGCUGGGGGACAGUGGGCAAGGAGGGCGGGAUCCGGCCCUGAGGUGUCCCUGAUGCUGCUCGCGGGGCUGAGCCGAGCCUGUGCUCGGUGUGGAUUUUGUCACCGCCACCGUGACAGCGGCGGAGUGGGCUCCGACGCCCAGGACCCCUCUUGCCAAGGCAUGGCUGAGAGGGGUGUGACACCACCCCCAGAGCCACAGGACUCCCCCAAUUCUGGUGGAGGGGGGUCAUUUCUCAGCCCAAGUCGCCUCCCCCUCCUUCCCCGUGCCUGGGGGGGCACGGUGGUGGCGAUGCAGUGUCCCCUCCUUGUCACUCUGACCCCGCUAAGGCGGGGACAGCAGCGCAAGUCACGAGGCAGGAGGUGAAGGAAGAGGUUGAUGAGCUGCGGGCUGGCAGAGAUGGCUGAGGUGUGAAAUCGUGGCGGGGCUGGUAGUUACAGACACCGGGGUGCGAACACGGAACCCCCUGGCUUUGCACUUUCGUUUGCCUCUGGGUGAGGAGGCAGCAAGGGUUGAGGAUGGGCGGGUGCCAUGGCUGCCUUUUCGGGGUCGCUUUGCUGGCUGCAGCCGUCGGCUUUGCAGGUGGGUGAAGGGCGAGAGCGGAGGUGCCUGCACGAUGGCCAGGGGCAGAGGGCUCAGGUUGGCCGCAGCAUCCCCCCACCCACCAGGCUGCGGCCAGCUCCUCCUGCCCCAGUAGCCAGAUCCCCCCCUGCAGGUGGUUUUGGGGUCCCCCGUCACCCUCUGCCUGCAGCCCUGGGGUGAGGGAUGGAGCAACGGGUUCCUGGGACCUUCCUUAACUUCUCUUCUGCACCCUGUUUUAUUGAUGCUCGAAUACUCCAAGCCUGGCCACAGCCCCAGCAGGUGAACGGCGUCCUGGGGGGGUCCGUGCUGCUCUCCCCGGCUCUGCCCCCCGGCAGGACAGUGAAGGAGAUCGAGUGGAGCUUUUCAUCCAGCGCCGGCACCACCAUUCAAGUGGCAGAGUUCGGUCCCGGCGGCUUCAAGCGCCCAGACCCCAAGGACCGGUUCAAGGACCGGCUGGAGAUGUUCAACGAGACGGCGCUGAAGAUCAGGGCCCUGGAGCGGGGCGACAGCGGGGUCUACGGGGCUCGGAUUAAACUGCACCCGGCGCUGGUGGAGGAUCAGUCCUUCAACCUCUCUGUCUCCGAGCCGCUGCCGGACCCCGAAAUCCAGAGCUGGCUGCUUUCGAAGAACCUCACGUGGUGCCACCUCAUGCUGCAGUGCCACGUACCCAGCGGGUCCAGAGGCACCGUUGCCUGGAUGAAACCCCGGGGGGAACCAGGGGGUAUCAGGGUGCAUCCCCUCUGCAGCGGGGUGCUCCAGGUUGAGGUGCAGCCCAGCUCCCCCAACACCACCCUCACCUGCAGGGCCUGGAGUGCCCUGGAGGAGAGGAGCCGAUCCAUAGACCUGGCCAGCGUGUGCUGGAGUGGAGGGGACGGCGUCAGGCCCGGCUGCUGGACCGCGGCGGCUGCAGCGCUGCUCCUGGCAGCCUAUGCUGCCACGCUGGAGUUGCCCAAAGUCCCCGCACGGCACCAUCCCUGAUGAAGAGGGACGCGGUGACGGCCCAGACCUCGGUGCCCACCUUCACCGACGCUCUCCGCUUUGCGCUGGCGCUGCCCAGCUGCCCCUUCGGGCCGGCUCCCCGUGCCGCGGGGACACCCCUCGCCACCACGUGCCGAGACCCGCAGCCCGGUCCGGCAGCCGACGGUCCCAGCCGCAGGGAGCAGCUCUGGCAGUGGCACGUGCCAGCGCCGAUGAUAACCUUGGGACUGAUGCCACGUCCUUCCCCCGGGGUCCCACGGACACCCCCAACAUCCCCACAGAGGACCGAGCCGGUGGCAUUUCCCGACGCGAUGGUGGGGGAGCGACAGACCCAGCGGCUCUGCUCGGUGUUUCCCAAAGUCCUUCGCCAGCACCCGACGCCUUCAGCCCACCCGGCCAGACGAGCCCUGGCGAGGUGCUGCCCGCCUCCCCAUCACACAAGGACCAUGGGGGAUGUCCGACGCAGAGAUGCUUUGCCUCGCCAGGGGUAUCCCAGCCCGCGAAACCCCUCAGUGCCGGCUGGCAGGCAGGCGGAUUUGGCAGGAGGAAGCCCCUGCCUCUCACAAGAACCAGUGCCCUCCCCGGCAAGCGCCUGCUGCGGAGCUCCGUCUCCGGAUGGAUGGCCUUCGUGCCAUCCAGCUGCGUUGUUCUCCUCUUCCUCGGCUCUCGGAAGACCGGCCAUUUUUCCCCAUUAGCUGGAAAUUUCAACUCAGCAACUUUCAUUUCCCCUCUGCCUUCGAGAGACGUGGGAGGAACUGGCAGAGUGGGCAGCGUGUUCAGCCCCUGCUCGGCUGCCCGCUCCCCACGGGGGGACCCCGACGGGCAGUUUUGGGACAUUCACCGGCCAUAAACAGCCCGUGUCCCUCCCCACGCUGGCCUCAGUUUCCCCAGUGCUUUAAGGAUCCUUAUUUGAAGGCACCCCAGGAGAAGGGCUGGGGUUAAUAGUCCCCUGGGUGCAGGUUAAUGGUUUUGCUCAUAGGCGGGGAGCUGCGAACGCCGUCCUCGCCCUCCGUCCUGCUGCAGGGAGAGCAGCCCUGCUGCGGAGGCUGCUUUUCCCCUCCCUGUUUUCCACUUCGAGUUGCUGGAGGUUUUAAAUAAAAAAUAAGCUUU